AUGAUCGGCUCAUUGAAAGGCAUUUCCUUCAUCUCAAUGGCUAUUAUGAUUGGAAUGAAUCCUUAGAAUGCAAUUAAGAUAUCCUUUUCUCAUUUCUGCUUUAAUCUCUCAAUGGCUAUUCUCUCGCUCAUAUUCCCAUAUUAUAUGAAAAAUCUGAUUGAAGUGAGUUUACCAUUUAAAGGCUCAAUUACUGGGGCAUUUUUUUUCACGUUUUUCAAAAACGUUCCUAGUCCUAUUCUCUUAUUUUAUGAAUGGCUAGUGUACUUGAUUUGUAAUUAAGAUUAAACCGAUUACAGCUUUUAUUUAGGUCCACUUUACGGAUUGUUUGAAAUGUUCUAGCUCAUUAAUUUGGCAUUUAUCUUUUCGAGAUAUUUCUAAAAGAAAAUAGACUUUGAAAGAUCAUUUUUCUAGCAAAUAGCACCUAUGAUGAUUUUGAUCGUAUCUAUUACAACUUUGGGUCUAAGUUUAAAGAAUCUAUAUGAUAUGACAUAAUAAGAAUUAUUUGUGAGCAAGUUUUCGUUGAUAUUGGUAAUUAGCUUUGCACUGGUGAUCAUAGUCUGUAUAAAUGCUUAUUGCAUUAUUGUUGAUUAUGAAGAUGGAAUAGUAUCUAACUCAUGCAUGCUAUCACUUUAUUUCAGUUAUGUAUUGUAGUCAUUCUGGCAAGCCAUAAACACUUUUGAGAAGUCAAGGCUUGCAUAAACAAAUUAAGUUAGUCAAACAUUUGAAUAAGGAAUUUAUGAUUUAUGGGAUAAUAUAAAAGUAUGGUAGAAGAGAGGAUCUUAAUAUCUUACCUCUUUUCUAAUUGGAAGCGGAGGUUACAAUAUUGAUGGAUUCUCUGAAAAUAUAAUGGGAUCUCCGGCAUUCAUGACAACGAUAAAAAUUGUUAUACUUUUCAUGACGCUUCCAAUGACUGUCAAUGAAUGGCCUUGGAUAGAUCAAGAAGAAAGAAAAAAGGCAGAGUAAUUGAAACUUGACUCUCAAUAACCCUAGCAUAUUCUGCAUUUAGAGCAAGAUGAAUAUAAUUCAAGGUUAGCGCAUGCUAGCACUUAUUUAAUGAAUGCUUUGCUAGUAUUAAUGACCACAAACUAUACAUUAAAUCCCUAGUUUUAUUUUCUGGGAAGAAGUGAUCAAAAUGAAGGAGGUGCCCUCUACGUGUACUUCCCUCUGCUCUAGAUUUUCAUUGGUAUUAUUUAUUUCAUCAUCAAGAUUUUACAAAGUGAUUAAUGA